AUGCAGUCCUCGGUCAACCAGUGGCCCGUGUAUAUGGUCGAGUUCAAGGCCGGGCGCACCGACUUUUUCUACAUCAGCGAGCCCGGCCUGGCGGUGACGCUCGGCGACCUGGUCAUUGUCGAGGCCGACCGCGGCAAGGAUCUGGGCAAGGUCAUUGUCGAGGGCAUCAUGAACAUGCAGCAGCUGCAGAUGCACCAGGCCCAGCAUGCCGACCGCAUCAUGGAUGGCCACUACCUCAAUCGCGACAUCCACCCCAAGCGCAUCUACCGUCUGGCCCAGCCGAACGAGGUGGCGAUGCUGGUUGCAAAGAGCCAGGACGAGAAUAAGUCCAAGGCGGUGUGUCAGACCAAGAUUCGCCAGAAGCAACUGCCCAUGGAGGUCGUCGAUGCCGAGUAUCAGUGGGACCGACGAAAGCUGACGUUCUACUUUGUCGCCGAGCGUCGCAUCGACUUCCGUGAACUUGUUCGCGAGCUGUUCAGAAUAUACAAGACUAGAAUUUGGAUGUAA